AGGUAUUAUAGGACUAAACAAUAGCAUUUAAUUCCAUUCAUUUCAUCCACUCAUUUCUCUUAUCCUCAAAAAUUCAACAUCUCUAUCAGACUCUCACUCUCUAAAACAUGGAGGGAGGAAGCGAAUAUUGGUCGUCGUCGUCGUCACCAUCAUUAAACAUGAUCCCAAAAAUCAAAACGCCGCCGUAUCUUCCACCAUCAAUGCUAGAAAAACGGGUAAACUGGGACGUAUUCUUAAGUUUUAGAGGCGAAGACACGCGUCACAACUUCACAACAUUUCUACGUGACGCCCUCGAAAUCAAGGGCUUAAGACCCUUCAUGGAUGACAAAGGCAUGGAGAAAGGUGACGCAAUACAGCCUACCCUAGACGAAGCAAUAGUGGACUCCGCUCUUGCGGUGGCCAUUAUAUCUCCUAGGUACGCUGACUCACGGUGGUGUCUCGACGAGCUGUCGAGACUUUUCGAGUGUCGAAAACGGGUCAUACCCGUUUUCUACGGAGUCGACCCGUCUGAUGUUCGGAGGCAGCGAGGGGAGCUUGGUAUGGGGUUUCAGAAACUUACAACUGAUGAUGCGAAGAAGUUUAGUGAAGCUGAGAUUCAGAAGUGGAGAAGUGCUUUGGAGGAAGCCGGUAAAAUUGCUGGUUAUCCAUGCUAUUCUCAAAGUGAUGAAACUGAAGAUGUUAUACAACGUAUAGUUCUACAAGUCUGGUGUGAGUUAAAGAACACUCCAGAGUAUGUGGUGAAAUUUCCAGUUGGGUUGGAUUCUCGAGUUGAUAAAGUGAUUGAAACGUUAGAUCUUCACUCGCUGGGUGUUCGGUUUUUGGGAAUCCAUGGAACGCCAGGAAUAGGCAAAACAACAUUGGCUAAGGCUGUCUUCAAUAAACUCGUCAUAAAGUUUAAGCAUCGCUGCUAUAUUUCCAAUGUCAGAGAACAGCUAUGUACUAAAGAGGGUGUAAUGGGUGUUCAAGGCAAACUCAUUAGUGAUCUUUCCUUGAAAACAAUGUUAUCUGUGAAAGAAGACGAUGUUGUGAAUAGACAAAAAAUCAAGAUGAUAGUUAAUGAGAACCGAGUCCUAGUUGUGUUGGAUGAUGUCUCUGAAGCAGGCCAGCUUGAAAAACUUGGCAUUGUAAGAGAAUGGUUUGAAGACGGGAGCAGGAUAAUCGUUACAAGUAGAAAUCUGAACGCGCUACACGAUUUUGCUCGUAAUGAUCAUGAGCUAUAUGAAGCAGAGAAGCUUGAUCCAGGGGAAUCACUUGAACUUUUUAGCAUACAUGCUUUAGGAAGAAUGGAUCCUACACAAGAGUUACGGGAUGUUUCAGAGAGGAUUGUUUCUCUAACGGGUGGACUUCCUUUGGCGUUAGAGGUGUUUGGUUCUUCCUUGGUUAAGAAGACAAAAAAGGAGUGGGAGGAUGCUUUAAUGAAAUUAAAAACAUUUCGACCAUCUAAUCUUCAACAGGUGUUGAAAUUCAGCUAUGAUGGGCUAGAUGACCAAGAGAAAAUCGUAUUUCUUGACCUUUCGUGUUUAUUAAUUCAAAUGAACCUAAAACGAGAGGAUGUUGUAGACAUUUUAGAAGGUUGUGGCUUAAGGGCCGAGUUAGCUAUAGGUAGCCUUGUCACAAAAUCACUCCUGAAGAUAAAAAAAGACAGCUAUAAGGAGCUGUGGAUGCAUGAUCAAAUUCGGGACAUGGGAAGGCAAAUAGUCAUAGAGGAAAGCUUUCAAGAUACUGGAAAGCGUAGCAGACUGUGGGACUAUGAGGACAUAAUGCAUGUCUUGCGCCAUGAAAAUGUAACAGAUGCAGUACAAGGAAUUGCUCUGGACAUAGAAAAGCCUCCUCUAGACUCCCCUGAUGCAAAGAGUUAUUGGAACAACUUCAAAAGGAAUCCCAACAUCAGUACUUUUAUCAGGUACGUGAAAGAAAAAUUCAAGGGACUACUUUCACAGCAUGUUCCAGAUGAGGAUCUAAAACCUGCUCUUCAGACAAUUUGGUUUAAGAAGAUGGUACAUCUGAAACUGCUUCAAAUCAAUUAUGCAAACUUGCAAGGAAACUUCAAAUAUAUGUCCUCCGAGCUAAGGUGGCUGCAAUGGAAAGGAUGCCCUCAAAAGACUUUUCCUGCUACUAUGCCAGAGCAAAUUCGUGUGCUUGAUCUUUCGGAAAGCAGAAUAGAAUAUUUGUGGUACUCAGAUCAGGUGGUUGGAAACUUGGUGGUGAUAAAUCUCUAUGGUUGCCCUUGCCUUACAGCUCUUCCUGACAUGUCUGGACAUCGACAUUUGAAAAAGCUUACACUUGAGCUUUGUAUGGGACUGACUAAAAUUCAUAAGUCAAUCGGAAACAUGAGCUCUCUUGUUCACUUGAAUCUAAGAAGAUGCUCAAAUUUGGUUGAUUUUCCAAGAGAUGUGACGGGGAUGAAAGGUCUCAGGGAGCUGCUCCUAUCUGAAUGCAGAAAGUUCACAGGACUUCCCCAUGAUGUUCGUAGCAUGACAUCGUUGAUCCAACUACAUCUCGAUAAAACAGCAAUUUCUGAGCUGCCUGAAUAUUUAUUUCACCUUACGCAGCUUGAAGAGCUUAGUCUACAAAGUUGCUACCAAUUAACAAGGCUGCCUGAAGAGAUAGGGUCUCUUAUUUCUCUGAAAAAGUUAUCACUUUCUCGUACUAAUCUAAAAGAGUUACCUGUAUUGAUUGGAUCCAUGGCAAGCCUUGAGGAAUUAAGUUUGGUUUCCUGUUCCUUGCUUACAGCCCUUCCUGAAUCAGUGGGAAGGCUCAAAUCUUUGACUGCGUUGCACCUUAAUUCUACUUCAAUCCAGGAACUUCCUUCAUCCAUUUGUGCACUAUCCUGUCUGAAAGUCUUAUCACUUGAAAGCUGUCAUUCUCUUGUCAAGCUGCCUGAUUCAGUAGCAGGAUUAGCUUCUAUUGUCGAUCUCAAGCUAACUAAUACACCGAUUAAAUCACUGCCAGAUGAUAUUUGUUGCUUAAAAUUUAUUGAGAAGCUUCAGAUGACUGGUUGUAGUUUCCUUGAAAAACUACCAGAAUCAAUCGGGAAAAUGUCAAAUCUUACCAUGCUCACUGUUGCAGGCGCCAAUCUAACACAUCUGCCAGAGUCCAUAGGGGAGUUGGAGAAUCUAACAUGGUUAAACUUGAAUAAUUGUCAAAACUUAUGCAGCCUACCUGAGUCUAUCGGAUCAUUGGGGUCCUUGUGCAUAUUUAUGAUGGAGGAAACUGCUGUGACAUGUUUUCCGGAAAGCUUUGGGCUGCUUGGUGACUUAAGGGUAUUAAAAAUGAAGAAGUCUUCCAAUAAACUCGCAAGGCUUAGUGGACUUCCUGUUUCUUUCUGCAAGCUUUCCAAUUUGGAAGAAUUUGAUGCUCGGACUUGUGGAAUUUGUGGUCAGAUAGGUAAUGAUUUUAACAAGUUAUCCAAGCUGGAGAUUUUGAAUCUUGGAUACAAUGAUUUUCACAGCCUUCCUGUGACACUGGAGGGCCUUAGUGUUUUACAGAAGCUAUUGCUGCGGCACUGUACAAAGCUGAGGUCCCUUCCUCAACUUCCAUCAACUUUGGUAGAACUUAACGCGGCUGAUUGUUAUGAACUAAUGAGUAUAAGUGACCUCUCAAAUCUUGAAAGAUUACAAGAACUACAGCUUGUAAACUGCAACAAAGUUAUCGAUGUUCCAGGUCUUGAAUGCUUGAAGUCUUUGAGAAGGUUGUUUAUGGGGGGCUGUAACAAAGCAAUUAAAUCAGCUGUCCAGAGAAGACUACGCAAGGCAACUUUGAGGAAUUUGAACAAUUUGAGUGUUCCGGGAAGUGAAAUUCCCAACUGGUUUACUCAGACGACUGUCACUUUUGCAGCUCAUCCAAACCUUGGAAUAAAAAAUGUGAUUGUCGCUCUUGUAGUGUCUGUGGAUCGCGGAGUAUUAGAUGAGAUACGAGUUCAUCAGUAUCCUGGCAUCACUGAUAUUCAGGCUUGUAUUUUCAGACUCGGAGAACCCAUUUUCCGUACUACACUAUACUUAAUGGGAGUUCCACGCACGCAAGAAGAUCAGCUCUAUCUGUGCAGAUUCAAGGCAUAUAAUCCCUUAGUUUCUUUGCUUCAGGAAGGAGAUAUAAUCAGGGGAAGUUGGAGGAGAGGAACUGUCACCGGAAUUGAGAUGAAAAGGUGGGGAAUUCAUCUAGUUUUCGAAAAUGACGAUGAUUUUGAUGGUGAUGAGGACUCGUUGUCAGUAGUCGAAAGCCAUCAAUCUGUAUCCCAGAGGCUACUGAACUUUUUUCGCUCCAUGGAUCAAUGAUGACGAAAGUUAUGCGGCUGUAUCUGCAGCUGUAACUUUUAAAUCAUGGAUGGUGGUAGAAUGCAGAAUGAGUAUGUUUUCUGUAUGACGCGAGCUUGAAAGGCUAUACAUGAUUUUAUUGAAUUAUAUCAGAUAAUAUUGUGAUGAGACAUGAUUUAAAAGU